CCGACACUGCCGAUCAUGCGGACUCGGGAUUAAUUAGAGUGGAAAGACGAUCAGCUGUUAUGUUAAAUGUGGCAACAAUAUUCAAUAUUGCAAAAGGCAAUAAUAUUAUAAUUUUCAUUAAAAAAUCUUAACCUAAAUUUUGUUUACUUUCCCAAACGAAUCAAACUUUUUUUAAAAAAAUGGAAAUAUAAAAAAAUACUAUAAGCUUUUUACUGAAUAAUAGGUCUAAUAAGGACAGCAAUGAAAUUAAGUUUGUACUUAGGAUAAAAGAUGUAAAUUAUUCUUUGUUUGUAAAAUUAAAAACAAGAAUCAAUGCAGAAUAAGUAUCCAGAAACUUUUAGAAUAAUGUCAAAUUUGGAGUUUGAUGACAUAGAUGAAACUAUACAUGUAAGGAAUUAUGAGGAAAUUUUAAAAGAAAAGCAGUUAGUGGAAUAUGAAACUGCAUCUUCAAGAGAACAAGACAGAGUAGAAAAGAAUGUACUUGAAUUGUACAGAAUUCGCAAGGAGCCAAUAUUAAAUAAAUAUGCACAUAUUUCAUAUUUAAAACAAUCACUAACUUUUUUAUCCAAGGGCUAUGAGUGUUUAGAUUGUAGCAGAGCAUGGCUGUGUUAUUGGAUAUUACACUCUCUCCAUAUUCUAGGAGCUAGAUUGGAAGAUAAGGAAUAUUCACAAAUUGUUGACUUUUUAGCAAGAUGUCAGACUUCAGAAGGAGGUUUCGGUGGUGGUCCGGGUCAAUAUCCUCAUUUGGCAGCAACAUAUGCUGCCGUAAAUGCAUUGUGUAUUAUUGGAACAAAGGAAGCAUAUGAUGUUAUUAACCGAAAUGGGCUUUACGAGUUCCUGAAAUCAGUUCGUAAUCCAAAUGGUAGCUUCUGCUUACAUGUAGAUGGAGAAGUAGAUAUAAGAGGAGGAUAUUGUGCUCUGAUUGUUGCAAAAUUGACAAAUAUUUAUACCGAUGAAUUAUUCAAGGACACUGCACAAUAUAUUGCCAAAUGUCAAACCUAUGAAGGAGGAUUUAGUGGUUGUCCAGGUAUAGAGGCUCAUGGCGGUUAUGCAUAUUGUGCAUUGGCUGCACUGACAUUAUUAGGAAAAACUGAUUUUAUCAAUGUAUCUGCAUUUUUGCGUUGGGUUGUCAAUAAGCAAAUGCGUUUAGAAGGUGGUUUUGAAGGACGAACAAAUAAAUUAGUUGAUGGCUGUUACUCAUUUUGGCAGGGUGGUGUAUUUCCUUUAAUAAAUGUGAUUAUAGCAAAAGAAACAAAUGUAAUGAUGAAUCAUUGGCUCUUUGACCAAGCAGCCUUACAGGAAUACUUGCUCAUUUGUUGUCAACAUCCUUAUGGUGGAUUUUUAGACAAACCUGAUACAAAAUGUGAUCUAUAUCAUACUUGUUACGGUCUUAGUGGUCUUUCAAUAGCUCAGAAUUCUCCAGAAUCUGUAAUAAUAGGACCUAAGCAGAAAAAUGCUGUUCACAUGAUAAAUCCUGUAUAUAAUUUAGUAUUUUCUACUGCAAUCAAUGCUGUAACCUACUUUUCAUCUUGUGCGACACCCAAGUAACAAGUUU